UUGAGCAAAUGUUUGCUUGUCCAAAUAUGUCAAAAAAGCCAACAAUUUCCACGGGGUCUACUUAUUUUCUCACAUGACAGUAUGUGCUUUUUGAAAUCAUUCUUUGUUGUUAUAAUAACCUCCACUCUUCUGGGAAGGCCUUCCACUAGAUUUUGAAGCAUGGCUGGGGAGAUUUGCACUCAUUCAGCCACAAGAGCAUUAAUGAGGUCAGACACUGAUGUUGGACGAGAAAGCCUGGCACUUAAUCAGCAUUCCAGUUCAUCCCAAAAGUUCAGUUUAGUGGGGUUGACUGUGUAGGACAAAUUUGGCAAACCAUGACUCCAAGGACCUGUCAUGCUGGAACAAGUUUGAGCCUCUUAAUUGCAGUGAAAGGAAAUCUUAAUGCUACAGCAUACGAAGACAUCCUAGACAGUUGUGUUCUUCCAACUUUGUGGAAACAGUUUGGGGAAGAUCCACGUAUGGAUAUGAUCGUCUGGUGUCAACAUACUUUUGGACAUACAGUGUAUCAUACUGGAUUGACCAAAGUAUUUUAUUGUAGAAAAUAUAGAUUUUUUAAAAAAAGAUUUAUUUCAUUUUAUUAUUUUUUUCUUUUACAGUUUUUUUCUUUAUUAUUUCAGAUGUAUAGGCCUACACCAAAGCAGAAUACUGGCAUGGCAUCAAACUAUUCAACAACAACACCUGCCUACACAACAGCACACAACAGCACAAAGGAAGAAAAUUUUAGAUGUGAAAAAUCAUAUGAUGGAGAAAGCUUGCUGCUUUGCAUAAUCAUAACUCUGUUUGCUUCAAUAUUUCUGAUCAUCAUAAUGUCUAUAACAUGGUUAAAAACGUAUCAGACCAUGAAGCGCAGAAUUAGGAGUCUGCAGAACACACAGCAGCAGGCACUGUUUCUUCCAUCUGCUGAAACUGAUCCUUCAGAGAAGAGCUCUGGGCCUGAACAAAUUAUUACAGUCCAGCUGGAACAAAAUGCCAUUUCAGCUUCUGAAUUUAACCUGCAAAGCAUGAAGUCAGCUAGUUCCUCAUUUAACAAAGCUAAUCUCAUGAUGCAUCAGCUCAUCAAAGCUGGAAAAGAAGGCAUGCUGUAUAAAGCAAAAAUGACACACGGUGCUAUCAAUGGCCACACCAUGUUCACCUGCAAAAUCUACAAAAGGGCCGCUAAACCCAAGCUGGUCAAAAGGGAGGUUAUGAUCAUGCGGACUUUAAACACGCACUCGAAUCUGUUACAACUUGUAGACUGGGACAUCACAGAAGAGCCCUAUAUGUUAAUUAUGGAAAAUGUGGAACAUGGCAGCCUGCACACCUACCUUAAAGCCAAUAAAGAUAGACUGUGCAAACAGGAAGAGCUACAGCACCUCUUCACCAUUGCACUUUACCACAUAGCACAGGCCAUGGACCAUCUGCACUCCAAAAUGAUAUUGCAUUGCAACCUGGCACUGAGGAAUAUCAUGGUACAGAGAUUUCCCCAUGAAGUAAAACUGGCCGAGUUUGGCUUGGCCAGAGACAUAACGAGGGGGUUGAGACUCUCGGGAAACUGUGAGAAGACCAACAGUAAGCGAAUUCCCUUUAGAUGGUACCCUCCAGAAUACUUCAAAGAUAACUUAUACGGAUUUAAAGGAGAUGUCUGGGCUUUUGGAAUUGUAGUCUGGGAGAUGCAAACAUUUGGCACUGUGCCAUACCCCGACUUGAAAACAUCAGAGGAAGUUGUGAGUUAUGUAUGUGCUGGCCACAGGACACGAGAACCAGAAGAAUGCAGGCCAGAAUUGCUUCAAAUGAUGAGAGACUGUUGGCAAGACCCCUACAUCACAAGACCUUCCUUUAUGGAUAUUGUCAAAGUUCUGGAGAACAUUCUGGAAAAUGAUCGUGACUAUGUGGAUAUGGACACCAGCACUGUCAUUGCAUCAGUGGAGUCUGAAGAUCGAGAUUAAUUAUUAUAACUGGUGUUAACAUCCCUUGUGCCCGAUGCUCCCUGGGAUAGGCUCCAGGAUCCCCCGCGACCCUGAAGAAGGAGUAAGCGGUAGAAGAUGGAUGGAUGGAUGGAUGGCGUUAACAUCAAAAAUGGAUUGUUGGGUCUGGUUCUACAAAUUUAGAUGAUUUCGGCAAUUUCAAUAGAUAAAUGUACAAGAAUUACUAUGUAUAUUUAAGCAUAAGUUCAGCCUGUGAUUACUAGCUUUUGAAAGCUCAUCUGGCUGUUUCUAAGUACAAUAUUACCAUAUUAACUAUGUUGAAUAAGUUGUACUCGGAUAACUCUGUGCUGGUUAAAGAAAAUAAAUUUAUUAGUCAAAAUAAUGAAGCAGAAUGGAGCUGCGCUGGAAUGACCCUGUGAAAAUUGCAAUCAAAAAUUGUAAGGCAUUUGCUUUCUAAUUGUUUAGUAGUCUAAAGCAUUUCAUAUGCAAAAGAUGUUUCAAAGAUAAUGUCCCAUGUAUAUAACUACAAAAUGUAAUUAUUUAUUAUGUGUUGCAUUAAAGGUGUAAUGAUCUAAGAGUUUGGAUCGAUAAAUAAAAUAAAAGGCAAUGAUUGAAAUUAAUCGAUGCAACAAUUAUAAAUCUAUUAUUAUCGAAAAAGAACAAACAACUUGUAUGUAAAAAUAUAUUUUUUACACUGAUGUGUAGAUAAUUUAAUACACAAGGUGAUUUGCCCACAAUUCUAUAAAAUAAUCAUUCUCUAAGUCAUCAUCAUUUGCAAAUUAUUUGUAGGCCUCACAUAUCAUUUGGAGGCUACUAAAUAGAAUUGUAUCGAAUCGCAUCUCAUCGUAUCAUGUCGUUUUGUAUUGUAUCAUAUUGUAGCAGAUUCAGUGGUAUCAUGAAAUAUCGAAUCUUUGUUAUGAAUUGAAAAGGUGUGGAAGUCAGAGGUUUACACUCCGAUGUUGCAUAGAACGUAAUAUUGAUUUGAUCAUUUUCAUGUUACGGAUCAAAAUGUGUGGCAUUAACUGACACAGUACAGGUCAUAUGUGAAUAUAUGUGUUAUGUUUUAAUAUGUGUGUAUAUACACUAUAUAUAUAUAAGUUGGGAACAGAUUUUUUUUUUCUGUGAGAUUAUAAGGAUGUUUUUUAAGAUUGCAAAUUAAAAUGGGGCAUUAAGAUGGGCAGUGGUAGCUCAGUGGUUAAGACGUUGGGCUACUGAUUGGAAGGUCAUGAGUUCAAGCUGUCACUGUUGGGCCCUU